GAAACAAUGAACCGGCCGGAGCUGGACUAUUAUGCGGUGCUGGAUCAGCCCAGAGCAGCUACAAAAGAGCAGAUAACUCUGGCAUAUCGCAGACUGGCCAUUCGCCUUUGUCCACAUCGCGACAAGAAAGACGAGCAGGACUUUGUGCCGCUAGCACAGGAGGGACGUCUCACGCAUCUCUCGCCCAUGGGCGAACCCAGGCAGUGGGCCUAUAUCAACAUGGCUUUCGAUGUGCUGGGCAACGACCUUUACCGCGCCAUUUACGAUCGAUAUGGAGAGGCGGGUCUGUUUGAGGGAGUGAUGCUGCCGAAUGGAUAUUUUCCACCUUACCAAUACGAUGGCGACCACAUGAAAGUAUACGAGAGGGUCUUCGGGAGCUACUCACCCUAUGCAAAUGUAAUUGAUGCCAUCGCAAAUCCGCCGAGCCUAUACAACACUAGGCAGCAUGGCAUAGGGGUGCGCUCAAAGGAUUCGAGCACGGAGAGAAUCAUCGAGCUGUCCCUGGAGGAGGUGCGCACUGGUUGCGUUAAGCUGAUGAAUGUCUGGCGCCAGGAGAUCGUAGACACCAAAGAGUCAAAAUUGGAGAAGCGGAAGCAUACUUUGAAAUUAAACAUUGCCCCUGGAACAACGGCCGGAACUCGCUUCUGCUUUAAGGAGGAGGGCGAUCGGUAUCCAGCCACCAUUCCUGGUGAUAUUAUCUUUAUAGUUGCUGAUAAACCUCAUCCAAAUUUCGAGAGGAGAAACCACCAUGAUCUAGUCUACAAGCAUUACAUUGACUUGUGCCAGGCCUUCAUCGGCUUCACCUUCUUUAUUUCCACGCUGGACAGACGCCAGUUAAAGGUGGUCAUAACAGACGUAGUACAGCCGGGCUACAUCAAGGUCAUUCCCCUAGAGGGCCUACCGAAGUGCCGCAACUUGAACGCCGUUACGGCCAUCAAAGAGGCCAACAAAAAGAUUGAUCAGUUCGGGGAUCUUAUCAUAGAAUUUAAUUAUAUUUUCCCCAAGUAUUUGACUCCACAUAUGAAACAAAUGACUCGCGAAUUUUACCGCGAAUUCAGGAAGCUGGAAUGUGAUCUACUGGAAGAGGAGGAGCGGAACAUGUCCUGAUGGAAGUAUCCUAGUUGGUUGUAUGCCUUUAGAGCUCCUGAAAUUAUGCGUACAGCUUAAAUAAAUUAAAAUUUUUCGUUU